AUGGCGUCUGAUAGCAUUGUCAUCGUCGGGGCGGGAAUCAUUGGCCUCGACGUCGCUCUCGUUCUCUCCCAGCAAGGUUACGGAAAAAACAUCACAGUCAUAGCCGAAUACCUCCCCGGCGAUACUUCGCCAUCAUACACGUCUCCCUGGGCCGGUUGCAACUUUUCCGCCAUUUCUGGCACGGAUGCCAAUGCGAUAAAAUGGGAUCGCCACGGCUACGCGCACUUGAAGAAGCUAGCCGCAAAAGACUCUGUCAAGUCUUUCGUUAAGAGGACACCGUCAAUUGAGUUCUGGGACGAUAACGUCCCCCAUGAUAAGAUCAAGGCCAUGGCCGACUAUCUCGAUGAUUUUCGAGCCUUAUCUACCCAAGAGCUUCCUGAAGGCGUCAAGUUUGGCUGCGCGUUCACAACUUUGACUGUCAACGCGCCAGCGCACUGCCUGUAUCUGUAUAACAGACUAAGAGAAGAGUUCGGCGUGCGGUUCAUCCGACGAAAGCUCGGAAGCAUUCAUGAGGCGUAUAAUAAUCCGGCUACGAAGGUCGUUUUUAACUGCACAGGUAACGCAGCAAAGACACUAGCAGGCGUACAAGACGAAAAGUGCUAUCCAACUCGUGGCCAAGUUCUCCUCGUGAGAGCAUCUCAUGUCAGCACUAACGUCAUGCGCCACGGCAAGGACUAUGAAACAUAUGUCAUUCCGAGACCUGGAUCAAAUGGAAAUGUCAUUUUGGGAGGAUAUAUGCAGAAGGGCAACGAUGAUAGCGCAACAUAUUCGUCCGAGAGCGACUCCAUUCUCCAGAGAACAACAGAGCUAAGCAAAGAGCUGCAGCAGAAGGAACCCGAGGUUUUGGCUGCAUUUGCAGGCAUGCGACCAUCUCGCGAAGGCGGUGCAAGGAUCGAACGCGAUGAGAUCCCCGUCAAUGGGCAGAGACGUGUGAUUGUGCAUAAUUACGGUGCUGGUGGCACUGGCUUUCAAGCUGGCUAUGGUAUGGCAUUGGAUGCCGUCAAGAGCAUCGAGGAUAUUCUGAGCACCCUUCCCACCAAGUCACUAUUGUAA